UAUUUAUCAGUGUUGAUACUUCAACACUUUGCAUGUUGUUUCUUCAGGACAAAAAGCGUGUGCUAAUAAACCCUUACCUGUUUCAGGAUGUAGGUUGAAGCUGCACGGUAAUAACUGCAAACCGGCUGCAGCGCGCGUGCCUUUGAAUCAGUGAGUGAGUGAGUGAGUGAGCGCGCGCGUGAGUGUCGGUGGCGCGCGCUUCUUCCUCCGUCUCCCGGUUUCUCCCAGUUUGCUGAGAUUCUGUAAUCCUGUUCGCUGUGAUACAUGAGCGCGCGUGCGUCUUUAAUUAGGAAAUGAAGCGAGUCUCUCUGAGUUCUGAGGAAUUCUGUCUUAAAUAAGAUUCAUAAACACAUCCUGAGGAUGUCCAAUUCCAGCCUCUCCAUAUCAUCCAAUCACAGCUCACUUUAUGGAAACCUGCACAGACCUGUGACAGUGUUCAGCGUCCUGAUCUUUACCCUGCUGGCCAUGCUGGUUUUGGCAACAUUCAUGUGGAACAUGCUGGUCCUCGUGACCAUCUUAAGGGUCCGCACUUUCCAUCGUGUUCCUCACAACCUGGUGGCCUCCAUGGCCAUCUCAGAUGUCAUGGUUGCUGGACUGGUGAUGCCCCUGAGCCUCGUCCGGGAGUUGUAUGGCCGACGGUGGAUACUUGGGCGAGCUCUGUGUCAAAUGUGGAUCUCCUUUGACGUUCUCUGCUGCACGGCCAGUAUCUGGAAUGUUACUGCCAUUGCGCUUGAUCGCUACUGGUCCAUCACACGUCACCUUGAGUACACUCUGAAGAGACGCAAGAGGAUCUCCAACGUGAUGAUCGGAUUAACAUGGAUGCUCUCCUCUAUCAUUUCCUUCUCACCGCAGUUCGGAUGGGGAGAGACAUACUCGGAAGAAGCUAUGGAAUGCCAGGUGAGCCAGGAGCCAUCCUACACCAUCUUCUCCACCUUUGGCGCUUUCUAUUUGCCGCUCUGUGUUGUGCUGUUCGUCUACUGGAAGAUCUACAAAGCGGCCAAAUUUCGCAUCGGAUCCAAGAAGAACAACACCAUUACUCCAGCUCCAGAGGCUGUAGAGUCAAAAGAGGCAACUCGGCAGCAUCCUCAGACGGCGUUUACAGUCCGUCAUGCCACUGUAACGUUCCAGACAGACAGCGAGACAUGGCGGGAGCAGAAGGAACGUCGUGCUGCACUGAUGGUCGGAAUCCUGAUUGGAGUUUUCGUCCUCUGCUGGAUCCCAUUUUUCCUGACUGAGCUGAUCACGCCACUCUUCUCAUGGCACAUACCACCCACCUGGAAGAGCGUCUUCCUCUGGCUCGGCUACUCCAACUCGUUCUUUAACCCGCUCAUCUACACAGCCUUUAACAAGAACUACAACAGCGCCUUCAGGAACCUCUUCAACAAGCAGCGCUAAUGAAUGAUUACAAACUUAUCAUGUGUACAUAAAGGGUUACUAGCUCAGUUACACAAAGCAGAACCUCAGUCUCAAGUUGAGGAACCUCUCCAGCAACUACUGCUAAUUAGUGAUGGAAACCAGCAGUCAAGAAAAAAGAAUUAGCAUGAAGACGAUCUGUUUACAGGACUACAUGAUAAAUUAUCAUAAGCAUUUUUUCUAAGUAAAACCUAAGAUAGAUGAACAACUUAAUUACUUUCCUAUUUUAUAUGUAAGAAUUACACAGGCAGAUUACAGUGUGAGCCUCAUGUAUGAUGAAUUCAGCAUUCAGCUAGCAUGUCCAUGCUAACACUCUAUCACGGCUAACAAUCCUAUAUUUAUUACUCUCCCAAUUCUUAAUCCAGCACUUGCUGAGAAAUCUUUGUCAUCUUUAUUACUGAUGAUAAAUCUAAUCUAGUUAACACUAGGCUAGUUAAUUAGUCUGUAUUAGCUAGACUGGUGUGGGUGUUGCUAUGGUUACAAUGUGCACUUCCUGUGGUGAGCUGCAUUUUUAUUUUUAAUUGCGAAGGCAGCCUAAAGCCAUCUUGGAUCACGGAAUUCUUAGACAACUUAUAAUUUCUGGUGAAUUCCUUUGAAAAUAUGAUCCUUUCUAGAGACUUCCCACAAUGCAACGGUAUAAAAACAGGAGGCUUUUUGGAAUUGUUUCAUGCUUUGUAUGAAUUUCUAGCUAAGCUUUUUAAAUGUUGAUAUGAUGACUUCUGCUUCAUCUUACGAAUAAUCCAUUAAGCAAACAAAGUUUGCAAGUAAUGAAGUAAUAAAUGAAAUGUGAAUAUUUAGAGCUGAAAAUAUAACACUGAAGCAGGAAUUUGAGUUCUUUUUCCUCAGGCUUCUGAAUGAUCUUUAUGGCCUUCGCUGUGAAUAGUUAUUUUUCACACAGUUAUAUUAUGCUGUUGAAAAGGCAGAUAUUAAUCUGACAAGCUGAAAAUCACCAAGCAUGAAGGACAAACAGAACAGAGUUAUUUUUUUAUUCUAUGUUCUUAAAAACAGCAUGAAGUUCGGAUUUUAACAACAUUCAUCGAGAUUUGUGUGCAGAUGUUGGUACAAUGUUCAUGCUGUAUAUACUGUAAGCAGGAAUGGUUUUAUGUCAUAGCUUGCUAAAUUCGUAACAGUGAAGUGGAGUUACCUUUACCAUCCUGAAGUUGAUUAUUUUUCUAUAGCAGCAUGCCCUCUAGUGAACUAUUACUCUUUCCUGCUUUACCUCUGACUGUUAUAUAGCACUGAUGCUGGAGACUCCUAA